GUCCAAUGAACGUCAACGAGAUCGCGAAAGAGACUGUUCGCCCGAUCACUGCUGUCCACCCUGCAAGCAUCCUACAUGUAAUCCAGUUAAAACUAAAUAUGUUAUACCAUGUUACCGCUAUGAAGAUGGCCGUAUAGAACAGUACAUGCCGACACGACACGGUAGGCUUCCGGCUUCUGCAUACCGUCGAAACGGAAUGCAGGAUCAAAUGCAUGGAUAUAGAGGAGCCAUCAGAUACUUAUGUGCUGGUGGUCGUAAUUCGUAUAUGCCUUGUGUUUACACAGCUGUUGAACCUAUUCGUAAAGUAUUUCCGAGGAUAACUCAAGAAAUAUUACCAGUUAAAAGAAAGAAGGAUAAGAAAUAAGUAGUCUGCGAAGCUAUUCCCGCUUUCACGGAAGAAUUUUAGCAGGUACAAAAGUUACCCGUGUCUGCAUUCAAGAGGAACGGGAUGCAAGACCAAGAACACUCAAAACUUUUGGGCACCACAAACUUUCUUAAGAGAUGUCCCCGAGAUGUAAUGUUUGAGUGUGACGUUUGUACACAACCAGUAAAAGUUAACGACCCAGUUAAAGUACCAGAGCUGCAAAAAUCUGAAUUAUGCUGUAGAGUCUUUAAGAAGAAACCUAUCGAGAUCUCUCUUGAAGAUAUAUUAGAUGAAGAUUAAAAAAAUGCCUAUACUAAUUAUUUGGGUGAACCAACCCACUGUACUCACGCGUAGAGCUUGUGAAGUGGCUGUGGGAUGUAGGCCCAGGCGAAAGCCAUUUUGUGCACAUUCAUACUGCGCAGACGAAGAGCAGGAGGUACAUCGAUACGUGUCUGAAGAUGAGCGGGUAUCGUACAACGCGCUGGCCGAAAUGCGAAACGAAAUCAAAUGAAAUCAGGAGAUUCGGCAAGAUUUGUAAUAAAACUUCGAUGAACUAACUCUACUGAUAUAAUAAAAGAUUUAGGGUCUAGUCGAUCAUGCGUAUAGCGUUAUUCUAUUUGUUUGUGGGUGACUCGUGAGCCAAUGAGAAGAAAACGUGGGUCGGCGCGGUGACUUGCCGCGCAAUAUGCGCCGACCGGUGGUGCUACUCGCCGUUCUGUACGCGGCUGUUACAGCGCAAAUUGCAUGGACACCGAUUUUUUUGGAUGGCAGUAGUCAGGUGGACCUAUGGACACAGACCUCGUCGGGUUGUGCGUGCCCUGGUACAGGAGAUGAACAGUGCGCGUGCUGCGUACGCGACGGUGCGUGUCCUUGCGACGCUAUCGCGCCUACACGCUGUGCACAAUGCGGUCUAGAGCAGUACUGUUCGAACAUGUGCAAUAUCACAAUCGACUCCCGAGUGCUCAAAAAUAAAUCGGGCAAGACUUUCGGCCAGAUAAAGUCCCCAUCCAUCGAGGGGCCGGAUUCUUGCUCGUAUCUCCUACAACCAGACGCCGGACAACGAGUGGAAAUACAAAUCUACCGUCUUGUGUCCGUGGGAAGAUUUAAUGGCACUAGUUGCGCGGGAGGAUGGCUGCAGUUAGGAGGUGCGAGUGCUGUGCAGGACGCAACCGGUGCGGCAGAAACGCGACUGUGUGGUAGCAACGAAAGGUACACACCGCCGGUGGUUCUUUUUGCCGACUACGGUGCUGCCAUUUUAGACUUUAAAAUUACGGAGAGAACAGUAAGAUCGCAGUUCCUGGCAUUCUUCAGUUUUACGUCUCUGAGCAAUACCCAAGGCGUUGGGUUUCAUCCACGAGGUGGCUCUAGAAUCCCUCACACGGAUUGCGACUGGCUGUAUCAAGACGUGUCGUGUCGGACACCGGGCUCCUGUGUAUUGGCGAGUCCUGGUUAUCCCGGCUUGUACCCACCGCAUCGACGAUGCCGAUAUCUGUUCGCAACAAACUCUGUACACACGCGGGUCAAAAUCAUCUUCACUUCUAUAAUAUUACCGAGAAACCGCUGUACGACGGACUAUCUGACGCUUCGUGCCGGAAGUUCACCCUCCGCGCCCCUGUUGGCAACAUUGUGCUCGGAAAGAGUCUCCACCUUGGAGCAUCCCGGACCAAAUUUACUUUUGGAAUUCAACUCGGGUCCUGUAGUGCCACCAUACGAUUACAAUGGUUUUAUUGCGAAGUUGGAAUUUUUGGAGAAAUCAGAGUCUAGUGAUGCACCACCGACAGUUGUAGUCGCGUCACAGCCGCUAGCUUUCCUGACACAUCACACAAACCACGGCGACCGACCACCAGUAGAUCAAAACGCAAUAUCCAACGAAUUGUCGAGUAGUGGUAGGAUUGGGUGUGGGGCAAGUGUACGUGGGUAUGGGCCGGGCGGUGUAAGGUCCGGCCAUUUCGAUACGAAAGCGAGUGCAUGGAGAACGCAAUGUGCCAUCCACUUGCUUGGUGUCCCUACAGACAUAGUGCAAGUGUCGCUAUUCAAUUAUAAUUUAAGAUUACAAAGUUGUAGAUCUCACAUUGAAAUAUUAGAGGGUUUACAUGAAGUUGGUGGAAGAGGUGAUAGAGCCGAUCGGUAUGAGCGAGGAGAUAGAGCUCUUCUCCGAGUUUGUGGCCCCUCUGUGAGGGAAGCUAGAGAUCCUACUGGAAGAUUUUUAGUUAGACAAGCUGUCACUUCAAAGGGUGCUAACCUUACUAUCUUAGUUCGAAGAGCAACAUCUCAAAGUGCAGAUGAAGAAGAGUUUGUCGAUGGCGCCUUUGCAUUUCAUGACGAGCAACAUGAAGGAACAGUAUCACCGGAUGCCACAUGCGCCUCUACACAUUAUGGACUAGCUGCGCCUGCGCAUGGGGGUGUAUCAGCGCCAAACCAACACCACAUAUUUUGGAAUAUAGAAGAAAGACUCUUGUGCACUCAUCGUUUUAUUCCGGCUGCUAAUCAAAGUGUUACUAUUGAGAUUCAACGUUUGGAGCGGAUGUGGAGUGCUGAGCCGACGAAUUUAGUGGUACCUGGGGCGGCUGGUUGCCGUACAGCUUGCGGUGAUGCUGGUUGCGAGUGUCGUUCCGCUACGCCUCUACACUACCACGAUCACAUCGCUUUGGUUGCAGGGGAUGGUACACACUUGUCCUGUCUUUGCGGAGACUUCCAAUCCACCUGGCUACCCGUGGUUGUACGAAGUUGGACAAGCCUCCGUCUAGAGUAUUCAGUGGCGCAUUACACCUACGCUAGCCGUGGCUUUGAUUACGCCGCGGCUUAUAGCUUCAACGAUGACUCUAUGUGUGGCCAACGCACGUAUACUACUCAUUCAGGUGAAAUAUCAUCACGCAAUGUAUCAGUCACUGGCAGUCUGAAUGAAUUUUUCUAUCAGCAAUGCACCUGGGUCCUAGAUUCCAACGUCGAACGACAACUUUUCAUUGAUAUAUCUUCCGAACAGGACAAAUCGUGCAGUUCAUGGAAUAUAACAAUUCACGAAUGGUCAGGCAGAGGUGUCCACAAUGAGGGCGGCCUUGCCGCUUCGGCUGGUGACCUGCUUUAUACAUUUUGUGCAAGACAUAAGAACCAUACAUACACACUGCCUUGGAGAUUAAAUACUGUUGUCAUCAGGUUAGUAGCUCUAUCGCGUCAGCAGCCUUUGUACACAAUGCGUUGGCGAUCACAAGUAGUUCGCGCUAACAAUAGACUCGGCCCUCCAACUCCUGCGCCGGCUGCCUCCGCGCGAUCACCGCAACAAUUAAAAACACACUCAGUGCUAUUAUUAAUCUACCCCGUGUCCUUACUAAAACAUUUUAUAGUAUAAAUCAAGUUAAUGUUAGGCUAUGAACUUUUUGUACCACUUGUUUAGUUUAAAUUAAUAGGUUGUACAUAGAAGUCGAUAUUUCACGUAAACCCAACGAUAUUGCCGUUGUAUUGUGUCGACGUAUCAGUGGUAAACAUUGUAAAUGACAAAUAGGGAAUGGAAAUGUAUUGGUAAACAGUUCAUAUUGAGAGAGCUCAUCGUACAAUAACAUUAUCUGGUCUUUAAAAAUGUAGGUACUAUUAUACAUGUAUAGUAUUUCUGUUUAUUAUGUUGUUAUACAUAUUAUUUUGUUAGAUAUUGGAAAACAGUUUUUUUUAUUCUACGACAGUCUUGAAGCACUUUGUUAAUUUUUUUUAUACCACCACUUUUAUAGAAUAAUAUAGAAACGUCAAUUAGUACAAC